GACAAACCAUACGCAUGCUUAUCCCGCUGCCGUAAACCCGGCGUAGCAUGACGUGAAGCCGAUUUGUAUCCGUGUUGACAGAGAAGUAAACUGUUAAAGCCAUUAUAUCCGAACCGCGCUAGGUUUCAUAUUCGAAGUGGGAUAAUAGUGAUGAUAGUAGAGCCGGUGCCGUUUAACAACAUAGUGGACGUCGUGUAGGCUUUGAGGAGCCAGAAGAUGAGUUGAUUCCCAGCAAAACAAUCUCGAAAAUGGCAACAUACAACACCGAAGGACACUCUGUUGUGGUGGAGGUGAGCCCAGACAUCCAUAUCUGUGGCUUCUGCAAGCAGCAGUAUAAUAAUUUUGAGAUCUUUCUCGCCCAUAAGCAAAAUGGAUGCUCCCUAGCAACCUCUGACCCGCCAUCUGCCACUGCAACAGCCACGCUUACAGGACAAAUGAAUGAUUCCGAGUUUGUGUUCGAGGAAACCUACCAGACCUGUGUCAUGAGAGGUGUCAAAAAGAUCCUGACCAAAGCACAGAAAACACCUUCCAAAAAAUUAAAACCUUCCCUGACUUCAAAGAGACACAGCUGCUGUUUCUCAGGUUGCACUUUUAAGACGCAGUAUGGCCAAAAAGACAUGGAGCGGCAUCUCAAAACCCACACCGGUGAGAAGCCAUUUGAAUGUGAGCUGUGCCACAAGCGCUUCAGUCGCCGGGACAAGCUCAACAUGCACAGCCGCUCACACACUGGGGAGAAGCCGCACAAGUGUAAACACUGUCCCUACGCAGCGGCCGACAGCAGCAGUUUGAAGAAGCACCUGCGGAUCCACUAUGACGAACGACCCUUUAAAUGCCAGAUCUGUCCAUACGCUAGCCGCAACUCUAGCCAGCUCACCGUGCACCUCCGCUCACACACUGGGGAUGCGCCUUUCCAGUGCCAGCUAUGUGACGCAAAGUUCAAAAUCAACUCCGACCUGAAGAGGCACAUUCGGAUUCACUCCGGCGAGAAGCCUUACCAGUGUGACUUUUGUGAGUACCGCUGCGCCAUGAAGGGCAACCUGAAGUCUCACAUUCAGAUCAAACACGGCACUGAGAACUCCUUCCACUGCGGCCACUGUGAUUUCCAGUGUGCCAGCAAGAAUGCUCUGCGGCAACAUACACGAGAGCACCAACCCAUUCAGGCCAUCCAGUGUUCCAAGUGCACUUACUCCUGUGCCAGCAAGGGGGCGCUCAAAGUCCACGAGAGGAUCCACUCAGAGGAGCGGCCUUUCAAAUGUGACUUCUGCAACUUUGCCUCCAAGCAACGCAGCAACCUCGUCAUCCACAAAAAGAAGUGCCAUUCGAUAGAUAGGCCCGAAAAAGACAGCGGUGGGAAAGUGGGCAGAGGUGGAGGGAAAAGCGGAGGAGGUGACUCUCCGAAGCCUGUCACCUCCAGAUUUCGGGCCAAACUAGAAGCGGCUCGAGCUUUCUGCUGUGACUCGUGCAACGCUUCCUUUGUGAGGGAAGACUCCCUGCGGAGCCACAAGAAGCAGCACAGAGACACUCAGAAUGCGUUGCAGCUCCAGCUCUCCACACCGGCGGAUGCAGUCAGCUUGGUCACAACAUCACAGAGCAGCAACACCCAGCUGGACGGUCCUAUUUCGGCUGACUCCAGGGCUCCUUACAGCAGUGCACAGCUCAAAAUCAUUGUAUCUCACCCUCUGGGCCAGGAGAACCGCUUAAUUCCAUCGGCUCUGAAUAGUCAGCAUAAGACCAACAUGGUCCUGUUAAGCCCGGAGAACCAGGACAUGGUUGUCAACUCCAUGAUCCAACAGGUCAACCUGCUGGCGCCUAUGCAAGCCCUCGGGGCGUCCCAGACGGCAGAAGGUACACUUGAACCCCAGACAGUCCUGUUGACGCAGCUCAGCCCCGGCGACAGCAACAACCCGCUCCACCAGGCCCUGCUAGGGACGGCCAUAAGCGCUCAGGACCCCAGCAGGGGCUCGCAGACUUUCAUCACAACCUGCUCCGAGCUUGGGGGCCUCAACGCCCUGAUCCAAGAGGGUGGCACGGAGGUGACAGUGGUGACGGAAGGGAACGCCGCCAUGUUGACCACGCCGACCACACCCGGCAUGGUGUGCAGUCCAUCGGAGGACAUGUCCAAGCAGGCGGAGACAGUGAUGGUCGUGGAGAGUGCCUUGCCCUGUGAGGAGAGUGCCUUGCUGGUGCCAAAUAUCAGCCUGGGCAGCCAGAAUGUGGUCAUCCACGCUGUUCCACUGAUAGUGUCCACUCAGCCACAGCUCUCUCCCCACACACUCUACUCAGACACACACACACUGGACGGCAUCCCGUAAUGAGUGGAGGCUUUGAUGGCUUUUUUCUGAAAAUAGAAAGACUGUAACUGCAUCAUAGAUGGGAUUGGGUAUCAAUACCGGUGAUAAAACAAUACUUUUAAAACAG